AUGACCAAGCCAACCCGUUUACUCGUAACCGGAGGUUGUGGCUUUAUUGGUGCCAACUACAUUAAUUUUGCCUUUGAUUUCUGGCCGGAUGUCUUUAUUGUCAACCUUGACAAGUUGAUCCUCAACAGCGAUAUUAAUUAUGUUUCUGAAAGGGUCAGAAACUCCGAACGUUACAAAUUGGCGUUGGCUGAUAUUCGCAACAAAGCGGUUGUCACGGAUAUCCUGGAAACUUACAAUGUAAGCAUUGACUACAUAACUACAACAACUUGUAGAUUGAUUGCAUCAUCCAUUUUGCCGCUGACUGUACUUCAACUCGUUGUUACAACGAUCCCUGCGAGGCUCUUCAGAACAACGUUUUCUCUUACAUUGAUUUCCUGGAAGCCGUCAGAGACUAUGGAAAGGUAUCCAAGUUCAUUCAUAUUUCCACUGAUGAGGUCUAUGGAGAUUCUGAUUUAACUGAUGAGGAAACCGGCAAGUCUGAAGAUGAGCCGAUGAAACCAGGGAACCCGUAUGCCGCUACAAAAGUAAGAAUAAUUAUUUACAGCAAUAUUUAAUCAUCAAUUCUGUAGAUUGCUGCUGAACACUAUGCAAAUCUGUUCAGAGAGAGUUACAAACUGCCGAUUACUAUCUUGCGGAUCAACAACAUUUAUGGACCUAAUCAAUGGGAUGUUAAGGUAUGCAAAAGAUCCUCUAUUGAGAGCUGCGUGGUGAAUUCUAAGCAUUAUUACUUUUAGUUAGUGCCCAGAUUCAUUGACGUUGCCAGAAAAGGCGAGAAAUUUACUGUACAAGGAACUGGAAAGCAAUUGAGAUCCUGGUUGUAUGUUGAUGAUGCGGCCAGAGGGAUCUGUUUGGCUACUGAGAAAGGAAAGGUUGGACAAAUUUACAACUUAGGAACGUACUAUGAAAAGAACGGUAAGAAGAUGUUUUUAAAACGACAUAAGAAUACGGCGUCUUUCUACGAUACUAAGAUUACAGUGAUCGAGCUUGCUCACUGCGUUCAAGCCGAGGUUGACAAACAACUUGGGCGUCCUCAACGUCCAGUAGAGUUCAUCUCCAUCCCCGAUAGACCUUACAACGAUCUCAGAUACUUGAUCGACAUUUCCAAAGCGAAAAAGGAACUGGAUUGGGAGCCAGUCAUUCCAUUUGACGAAGGUAAGCACAUCCAAAUUGUAAUGGUGUGCCUCAAUUAGAAGCAAACCUAUGGCAUUUUUUGUAGGUCUCCGUCGCGUCGUUGAGUCCGCUUUAAAGCCCCAUUUACCUCAAAAAAUGUUUGUGAUUAUCUACGGAGGGAAUGGCUGGGUUGGGCAACAAGUUCAGAAGGAGCUUCAGAAGCGCCAAAUUCCAUUUUCUUUGGCUGAAGCUCGCGUUGGGAAAAAUACCGAUGCGGAGGUGAGUAAAAUAAAUACGUCGAUUAAAAUUUGAAACUCCAACAGCUUUUUGGAUAAUGUCAUGGUUUUCAGGUUGAAAAAGAGUUGACAUCUCUUCGAGGAACCCAUAUUCUGAAUGUAACUGGAAGGACUCAUGGAGGCGGUGACAAAACGAUCGGAUAUUUGGAAGGAGGGCCCGAGAAGACUCAUGAAAACGUUAGAGACAAUCUUUAUUGCCCUGUCAAGCUGGCACAGAUCGCUAGAAAACUCGGAUAUCAUUACACUUACGUUGGAACAGGUUAUUUAUUCGCCUACGAUGAAGACCAUCCAAUCGGUGGAAAGCCAUUUAAUGAAAACGGUAGGGACAUUAAAUGAUUGUAAAACGCAAAAGAAGAUAAUACCAGGCGUAUUUUUCGGUUUUCCUCGAGAGGAACCCCUCGCGAGGGGUUCCUCUCGACGAGGGGUUCCUUUCGAUGGCAUUCGUAUUUUUCGAUUUUCAGAUACUCCCACAUUCUUCGGUAAUUCUUAUUCAGUAGUCAAAGGGUACACCGACAGAAUGAUAAACUCGUUUUAUUGGCCCGAACUCAUCAAUGCAAGGAUCACUCUGCCCAUCAAUUUCGAGCUUUCUGACGAAAGAAAUUUACUUUCAAAGAUCUUGGGAUACAAGUGAGUACCUGUCGCAAUAUACCUGUAACAAAAUUCCAGGCAAAUUUUUGAUAUUCCCGUAUCAGUCACCAUUUUGCCCGAUUGCAUCCCCAUCCUUCUCGAUUUAAUGGAAAAAAGACACAGUGGGCCCUUGAAUUUGGUUAAUCCUGGGCCAAUCAGCUUGCAUCAGAUCUUGCAGUUGUACAAAAAAGUGAGAAAUAGUCGUCACAAUGACCACAAGCUGCACAAUUAGACAAAAAUUUUAAUUUUCAGCACGUUGACCCUUCUCUUCCUGAAUACUCAGUGAUUGGAGUCGACUCCGAAAAAGGAAAAGAGUUACUGGAAACUAAAGGGAACUGUGCUCUUGACACUGCCGUUGUUCAAUCUCUAGCUGAUAUUAAGAGUGCUGAAGAAUCACUGGUUGCGCAUUUCCAGAAACUUAAAGAAAUUCAAAGUCGAAAUCAAGCAUAA